CCUCGGGGAUUCCUCUCGGGGGCAGCGCUAAGGCCUGAGUUGGCAGGCACCGGGGCCUCUCCCUUUGAGACUAAUUUUAAACUCUGGCUUGAAAAUGUAUCCGUGUGUGCCCCGAUCGAAAGAUGACUGAUGUCGUGGUAGCUGAAGGCUCCGUGAAACUCAGGGAAGGGAAAAAGUGGAAAACGCGAUGGGUCGUGCUGAAGAAGCCCUCGCCCGUGGCCGACUGCCUCAACCUCCUCGCCUUCAAGGACAGGCGAGACAGCUGCAUCGUGGAGAGCAAGAAGGAGAGAGGCAAGGGAGAGCGCGAGCGGCACAAGGAGAGGGACAAGCAGAAGGAGAGGCUGGAGAGCGAGCGGGAGAGGGCUGACCUCUUCCUGGAGAGCGUGUGCGGCCUGCAGGGCGGCCUGUCGCUCGAGGGAUGCGACCACGUGCUGGCCAUCAUCUCCCUCACCCAGGUGCUGCUGCUGGGUUUCGACUCGCCGCGCAGCCUCGCCGAGUGGGACGAGCAGCUGCGGGACUGCCUGGGAGAAGUGCACAGCUUCGCGGUGUGGGUGCCAGCGGGCAGCCGUCUGGAGAGCGGGCCGGCCACGCUGCACUUUCGGCACAACGCUUUCGUGCUCACGCGCCACGCGCCCCCGGCGCUGCUGGCGCACUGGCGCCUCGCGGAGCUGCGCCGCUACGGCGCCGUGCCCGGGGGGUUCGCGUUCGAGGGCGGCACGCGAUCAGCUGCAGGUGCCGGUGUGUUCUUCCUGGCAUGCACGGAGGCCGAUCAGAUUUGCUUCCUCUUCGACUGCUUCGUCGCAGGAUUUGCGUCACCAAGAACCUUCCGCAGGGCACCCACGCUGUCCGCUGUUCACCCUCGUGCUAAAGCAGCGCGGGCAUUCACAGACAGCUCCGGCGUCUCCGGAUCGGCAGACGAGCAGUCUGAUGGCAGCCCGUCAGACAGCCUCAUAUACACCUCCAUCCAGCAGCUCACGAUGCCACCAGAAGCAAAGAUAGCCAGGUCCCCACUCCUGCAUAGAGCUUCCGCUGUGAUUACUGACAAGUCCAGACUUCCCACGAAGCCCCACCUGCCAUCGCCGGCGACAGAACCAUCCCGGAGGAUAUCAUCAGACAGCGGGAUAACGACAGUCACCCGCUCGGGCUCGGGGUCUGCCUCGGGCAGCUUCUCUUCUUGCUCUGGCAGUGCCGGCGGCUCGGCGAGUGACGAGUUUGAAUCCAUCCCAGCCAAAGGGCCAGAGGCCUCCUCAACGAUUCCACCGGCCUUCCACCAAGGGGCAGAAAAGUCCGAGUGCCGCUUUCCGUACGUCACCAACUGGUGGUAUGCCGUGCCGCGCAGGGAACUCCACUCGAAUUGCCCCAGCACCUGCCUGUACAAGGAGAGGCAUUCGCAGCAGGAGGCGGGGAAGUCGGCCCCUUUGAGAACUUCAGACACGGCGCAGAGGAUGGAUGCUGCCACGGCAGCAGAGCCGGUGUCAUUAGAAAAGCACGCGUCAAUCAGAGCAGGCGACGUUCCCGUCGAGACGGAGGCUUGUACCAGCUACGUACAAGCCGCCAGAGCGCACGUUGGAAAUGUGACUGAGCCCGGAGAUUGUCAAAGUGGACACCGUGCCGGCUCUUCGAAGGAGACCUUUCAGGGGGAUUUGGCCGAGGCAGCUUUGCAGAGGCUCAUGAGGUGCUCCCUGGUGCAACCGCAACCUUCAGUGUCCUCUGCAGCGCAGGAGGCGGCCGGCGCCACCGCAUCUGGAGCGUGCGCUCGAGGGAGCCACCCGAUCGCAUCGACAGAUGUUGCGGUCCAUUCCGACGAGAUGCCGCAGACGGAACUGGAGCCAGCACUCCAGUGCUCCGCUGUCCACACCCUGACGCAAGAUUACAGGGGACCCCACAGGAUGCCAAGCGGUGGCCAGAUCACCGCUGAGAAGUCAGGAUUCUUAGGACACCCUGAAGGUCCGGGAGCCAAAUACAGGCACUCUGACAAGACAAACUGACAAGACACUAGCACAUUGGCAAGACUGCAGUCUAUCACUCACAAGACAGGACAAAAAACGGUGGUAACAGAAUGCUCAAACAUUUCCACACUCACACCAAAAAAAAAAGAACAAAAUAAACUUCAUCCCAUGGAGAAGGGAAAACACCGUGUGCAGAAAUUAAUAAGUUAUUGGCCAUUGACUCUUCUGCAAGAGGUA